AUGCGUUUAGUUAUACUUUUUGCAAUCAUUUCAAUUUCAUUGGUGAAGUCAUCACCAGUUUCACUCGGUGACGAAUUUCAUCUACCAUCGGUGGCAGAUAUCGAAUCACACGUUGAUAAAUUAUGGACCAAUUUCAAAAAAGGCUACAAUGUUGUAUAUAAUACUAGUGUUGAAGAACUUCAUCGUUUUAAUAUUUUCGUUAAACAUGUCAAAAUGAUCGUUCAACAUAAUAUCGAACAUGAUCUUGGUUUACAUACCUAUCGUCUCGGCUACAAUGUUGUAUAUAAUACUAGUGUUGAAGAACUUCAUCGUUUUAAUAUUUUCGUUAAACAUGUCAAAAUGAUCGUUCAACAUAAUAUCGAACAUGAUCUUGGUUUACAUACCUAUCGUCUCGGUAUUAAUAAAUUUGCGACAUUGACAAAUGCGGAAUUUCGUGAGCAAUUCAAUGGAUACAAACGUUCGAAACAAUCAAACCAAUUGUAUUCGGAAUUCCGUCGACCACAUGUUCCGGCAUCACCAUAUGUAGCUCUUCCCGUAUCAGUUGAUUGGCGCGAUCAAGGAAUUGUGACACCAGUCAAAGACCAAGGCCAGUGCGGCUCAUGUUGGGCAUUCAGUUCGACUGGCGCACUGGAAGGUCAUCAUGCGCGGGCUACAGGUAAACUCGUUAGUUUGAGCGAACAACAACUUGUUGAUUGUUCGACCAAUUGGGGAAAUAAUGGAUGUAACGGUGGUCUGAUGGAUAAUGCAUUCAAAUAUGUCCAUGAUAAUAAAGGUAUUGAUGAUGAAAAGACUUAUCCAUAUGUUGGCAAAGAUGAAGCAGCUUGCAAAUUUCGCCGAAAAUCAGUUGCUACAACUUGUGAUGGUUUUGUUGAUAUUCCGACUGGAAACGAAACAGCAUUGCAAGAAGCUUUAGCUCUUCAAGGUCCCGUUUCAGUUGCUAUUGAUGCUGGUCAAUCGUCAUUUCAAUUCUAUGUUUCCGAAAAGGAUAUUUCACGCGUUUACUCUGAUCCUCAAUGCUCAUCGGAAGAACUCGAUCAUGGUGUUUUAGCCGUCGGAUACGGUAUUGCCAAUGAUCCCGUCAAAGGUCAACAAGAAUACUACAUUGUCAAAAACAGCUGGUCAGCUUCAUGGGGUGACAAAGGAUACAUUAAAAUGGCACGAAACAAGAACAACAUGUGUGGAAUCAGCACUGCUGCUAGUUAUCCAAUUGUUAAAGAUAAAUCGUUCUACGAAAACGAGUUAUUAUAA